AAAAAAGAAAAAUGCGACAAGAUGCAUUUUGAGAAAGUGUCGGAUUAUUUCGAAAAGCUUUCAUGAUGACAAGAGACAUAUAUUAAUUAGCAUAGGUCAGUUGAACCAAUAAUCAAUGAGAACCUAAUCAAAUCCGUGUGCAGAUUUGGUCUGAAUAUUUUGAAAAAUUAAACUAUCACGAUAAUAAACAAUUAUAAUUAUUUAUUGUAGGUCAGUUUUCUCGAUAAUCAAUUACAACUGAAUCAAACCAUCAAACAUGGUUUAUCAAGAAAUUGUAUUCACAUUGGCACUACUUAUGACCCACCAGCAAGUCGCACAGGGAAACUUCAUCAACCAAAUGAGGAGAAAAGCUAAACUAAACAAAAUACCAUCGAAUGGAGUAUUUGAUAAAUUUAAGUUGAACCUUGAAGGAGGGCUUUCUGCAGGUGGUAUUCCAAAGAUAACGACUAAAACGCCAAAUAAUGACCAGAUUGUUAAUCCGGCAGCGUCUGUGUCAGUGUGUGCAGAUAUCGUGUUUGCAAAUGAUGCGUCUUGUUCACUGGGUCGCAAUGUAAGAGAUGACCAAGUGAAACUGAUAAUAGAUAUUGCCAGUAGAUUUCAAAUAUCAGAUAUUGCAGGUGCACGAUUCGGUGCAUUUUCCUUUGGUCAAUAUGUCGAUGUUCAAAGCAAAGUGGAUUUUAACCCGGGAGCAAAUAGUGAUACCAUUUUGACUGGGUUGGAAAGUCUUAGAACUGCGAACAUGACCUGUAGGACAAUACCUUACCGAGCAAUGAGUAUGGCGAGCGGAUAUUUCAACGGGGAUGAUGAUCGAGAUGACGGGGAAUUCAAAGACGUUUUGAUUUUUAUAGGUGAUGGAUGGACGUCGCCAAUACGCACGCGCAAACUGAGUUUAAAAUUAGCUGACAUGUUAAAAAAAGAUGAUGUCGACAUUCUGUGGAUUAAAACACAAGCUAGGAAUCGUAGGGAUGAAAAGAAUGAGAUUAAAUAUGGCGGCACCGCCAUUGAUGUUGAAAUUCUACCAAUUGUUGGUGAUGUUGAUAAAAUAUUUGUUUAUACACAGGGGGAUAAUCAACGUGUAGUUAAUAAUGUUAGUGAAUAUUUGUUUAAAAAAUAUAAAUGUGGCUGAUAACAUCGGAAAACAUAGAACUAAACAAAACGACAAUGUACAAGUAUGGCUUACAAGUAUUAUUGAUUGCUGUGCAACAUCUAAUAUCCAGAGAGACGAGGAAACUACAAUAUGUAAAAGGAAUAGUCCCCGAGCUGCUCCAGAAGACAUGAACUGUCGUUGUCCGGUACUCCGCCACAAAAAUGAACAUACCGUUUGAAAGCACUGAUUUCCCUUAAGAAAAUUCAUUUUUCAUUUCAUUUUGAUCAAAACAGGGGCUUUUCUCUUUAGAUUGGGGUCACACAAGGUUGCCUUCUAAAACAGCCUUUAAACACUUAACUGCAUUUUAAGUAUGAUAUCAAUUAAUUUCGAUAAAAAUAAAGUUAUUUUGAUUAACAAGAGACAACAGAAUUUGAAAAUGUCAAUAGGAUGCAAAACGUAUGCAAUAGUGAAAAUCAGCAUGAAGCAAUGUUUUGCCCAAUGCUUCAAAAAGGUAAUGUGACAUGUGUAAAGGGUACAGGGCAACA